AGUGAAUGCUGCAGAGGAGAGUCAGAGUCAGCACUGCUUCAUUUAGACGACUUCUUCUUGGAGCUGACUUGAUCCCGUUGGCUCCGUGAAAGCGGGAAUACACAUUUUUUGUUCUCUUUCGCGUUUGCACCUGAAUAAUGGUGCACUGAGUGUCCGCAGCCAGGAGCAACUGCUGGGAUUGACCGCCUGCUCUGCGCGCAUGUGAAAGGAGAAAGUAUCGGCUGAUCACAGGUUGUUUUCGCUUAUUUUCAGAGGAGAGAUACCAAAGAGUUUGUCCCUGGAUUACGGCUUGUUGAGGACACGAUGCCUCAGACACCACCAUUCACGGGGCAGCUGAACACUGGCAGCUAUAACAAGAACCUGUACCAGACCAAGGAGGAAGGCUACCCCGGCCUCUAUUAUAAUGACAACAACCUGGUGUCCGGGUCUCUGGAGGCCCUCAUUCACCACUUGGUCCCAACUGUGGACUAUUAUCCAGAUAGGACAUACAUCUUCACCUUCCUGCUCAGUUCUCGCCUCUUCAUCCAUCCUUACGAACUGAUGUCCAAAGUGUGUCACCUGUGCACGGAGCAGCAGCGGCUUGGCGAUCCCCAAGCUGAUAAGAUGAGAGUCAGGAAGAUUGCUCCCAAAAUCCUCCAGCUGCUGACAGAGUGGACAGAAACCUUCCCGUAUGACUUUAGGGAUGAGAGGAUGAUGCGGAGCCUGAAAGAGCUGACCCACCGGCUUGCCAGCGGAGACGAGAUUUACAGGAAGGCAGUCAGCCAGAUGAGCCAGGGCCUCAUCAGGAGGUUGACGGUGCUCAGCCAGUACGAGGAGGCGCUGGGCAAAAUCAACGCCACUGCGGCCGAGAGGCUCACGGUUCUAAAAGCGAAGCCUCAGGCAGCCAUACAGAGAGACCUGCUGUCUAUCUGCAAUGACCCCUUUACCGUCGCCCAGCAGCUCACACACAUAGAGCUGGAAAGACUGAGCUACAUCGGACCUGAAGAAUUCGUCCAGGCUUUCGUCCACAAGGACCCUCUGGAUAAUGAUAAGAAUUGCUUCAGCGAUCACAAAAAGGCCAGCAACCUGGAGGCUUACGUCGACUGGUUCAACAGACUCAGUUAUCUGGUGGCUACAGAGAUCUGCAUGCCGGGGAAAAAGAAGCACCGAGCCCGAGUUAUCGAGUUCUUCAUCGACGUGGCGCGGGAAUGCUUCAACAUCGGCAACUUCAACUCCCUCAUGGCCAUCAUAUCUGGGAUGAACAUGAGUCCGGUGUCACGGCUGAAGAAGACCUGGAGCAAAGUCAAAACAGCCAAGUUUGAUAUUCUAGAGCACCAGAUGGAUCCUUCCAGCAAUUUCUAUAACUACAGAACAGCACUGAGAGGAGCCACGCAGAGAUCAAUCACCGCCAACAGCAGCAGAGAGAAGAUUGUCAUCCCUUUCUUCAGCCUGCUCAUAAAAGACAUCUACUUCCUCAACGAGGGAUGUGCCAACAGGCUGCAGAACGGCCACAUCAACUUCGAGGUAAACUGAAUCUGAUAUUUCCCAGCGGGAGAUUCCCCUCACGUGACUUUCAGUGUCAGACAGCGUCGCGAUAUUUACUACACAUGGAAACACAUUUUGGGCUGUUUACUACCACUUCUCUAAAGACUGCUGGGAAAUGCAGAAGUAAGGCUUGAGUGUGCAAAUAUCAGCUGUGUUUCCAUGAUGACCGGUGACCAAACACUAUUUCCACUCGUGGUUGGUCACAGC